CUCAAAUAACUGUGCAGACUGCCAACUUGGAAGCGGCAAUUUUUUGGUUUCCUCCUCGAAGUGAGCAGGGUAAAGGGGUUAGUGCAAGAAUCAACAUUACAGUGGUUCCUAUGUUUUCCGUCUUUGGUGAAAGUCUGAGAAGCGGUGGUAGGGAAGAAACUGUGAUGAUAUUAUCGAAAAGAAGAAAAUUUAAGAGCUUAGUAUUGCAACAGACAAAUCAGAGAUGCAAAUAAUCAAACGGCUAAGCAGCCGGGGGAUAGGGAGAGAGGGGUGGAGAGUGACUGCCAGUGAAGGCAAGGAGAUUUCCAUACGCCAGUCUUUACAGUGGCAAGGCGACAUUACGUAUCCCUUUUCAGAGAAAAAACUCUCCUUCCUUUAUUGUUAUUUGACGAUUAUGAAGAGUAUGUUCUCAAAAGCCAAAGGGUACGAGCAGGGCAGGAAGGAGCUGCUGAGGGUGCCGGGAAUAGGAGGGAGAAAUAUGCAGAAGCUGCUGGACAAGGGCAUCACAGAUAUUGCCCAUCUUAAGCACCUCUACCGCCACAAGUUUCUUGUAGGUGGCAGUGAAAAGAUGGUCGAGUUUCUUCAUAGUUCAAUUGGGAUCUUCCAUAAGAACCAUGCAGGGAGGAUAACUUCUUACAUCAAGGAGACUGUUGAUAAAGAGAUGAAAGAAGAAUUUCUCCAGGGUGCUGAGAAAACACCACAGAAAAAUAGGCUUACUUUUUGUGUCGAGGGUAACAUUAGUGUUGGGAAGACCACAUUUCUUCAAAGGGUUGCUAAUGAGACAUUUGAAUUGCGUGACCUUGUAGAGGUUGUUCCUGAACCUAUUUCUAAGUGGCAAAACAUUGGACCUGAUCAUUUCAAUAUACUGGAUGCUUUUUAUGCUGAACCCCAACGAUAUGCCUACACGUUCCAGAAUUAUGUUUUUGUAACAAGGGUGAUGCAAGAGCGUGAGUCUGCUGUUGGGUUAAAGCCUUUACGACUUAUGGAAAGAAGUGUUUUCACUGAUCGAAUGGUAUUUGUGCGAGCUGUUCAAGAGGCAAAAUGGAUGAAUGAGAUGGAGCUUAGCAUUUACGACUCAUGGUUUGAUCCAGUUGUCUCUGUUUUGCCAGGGCUUGUCCCUGAUGGCUUCAUUUACUUGAGGGCCAGUCCAGUCACAUGCCACAGGCGCCUGCAGUUGCGAAAACGAACAGAAGAAAACAGCGUAACACUAGAUUAUCUGCAAGGUUUGCAUGAAAAACAUGAAAACUGGCUCUUCCCUGCCCAAUGCACAGAGUCUGGAGUGUUAUCUGUGAGUCAGUUAUCUCAUGAUAUGAAUAGCAUGAUGCAUCCUGAUAUAAGGAAUCGGGUUUUUCUUUUAGAAGGAGAACAUGUACAUGCAAGUAUUCAGAAAGUUCCUGCCUUAAUCCUGGAUUGCGAGCCAAACAUUGACUUUAGCCACGAUGUCGAAGCAAAGCAAGAUGUUCUUGCAGAUAUGCCUGUCAAGUUGCGGAAUUUUUUGAAUUUGUUAAACGACAAAAAGAAAUCCAGACUCAAGAUAAAGAUCAAAAUACUAGAUAUUUGGAGAAGGUAAAAAUUUCUAAGAAGGGUGGCAUACUGGGUCCUGAUGGGAACUUAUUACGAUCUGCACAGCUGAAUUCUUUGCAACCAUGCUAGGCCGUUUCUUCUUUCUCUCAGAGUUGUUUGAAAGGGUGGCAUACUGGAUGCUGGUAGCAACUUAUGAUGGCUCUCAAAGCUGAGUUUUUGGAAUUUUUCUGUGGACGCUUUUUUAUCUAACUGGCUUCUAUACGGGGUUAUCUUUUAGUUUUUGAGGAAAUAAUUCUGUUGGAAGUAUUUUCUGUGGCAUGAUGGUACUCUUUUGAUGCAUUCGAAAUUGCACUUUAAACAGGAGCUCAAGUGUUUUGGGUGUGAUAAAUUUCAACUGGGGGAAGAUAAGUUUCUAUGGUGAACCCUGAUCCAACUGUUAUAUGAACUUGUGAAAAUGACUUUGAGCUGAUCUGACGGAAAAGACAAGGAGACGGAAGGUCAGAGAUUCAAAAAGAUAGAUGACGUGUACAGUGUUCAAAUACAAACUUUAGCAGCAGAGCCUAUUCAAGUUGCAUGUAUAUCUGAGUUUGGUAGGAUCGUCAUUGUGUCUUGACCAUUUGAAUAAGGUUUCAUGAUAAGAUUACACUAUUAAUCGUGUUUUUAACAAUGUGCAUCAUGUUGUUGUACUUUGGUUUCUGACAUGCUAUGCUUGCGAAUGGUUUUUGGAUACUAAUUUAUCCUUUCUCAUGCCUUUUAGAUGGGAUGAAAAACCCCUAUUUGUUUUUAUAUAUCAUUUGUAUCAACGCUUUAAUGAUCGGAAGGAAGAAACUUCUCUAUCAAA